UUUCUCUACAAAGAAUUAAGCAUCAACGCAGCCAACCUACAUCUAUAUCCUUCGUUAUACUUUUCAUUUUCUUUAAUCAAAUCAUCUAUGGCAGACCAGAGGCCAUUCCGCUUUCGGCUCCCUUGGUUAUCAGCACCUGUUGCUGCUCUACGUCCUACAGCUGAACCCCAACCUCCUCGUCCUAGAGUUGAAAUUCGAGCACCAGCACGGCCAAUCACCACCAUCCCCAUUCAACGGCCACCUUUCCGACCUGCUGGGAUAACCCCAGCAACGACUCCUACUACUCAGACUACAGAACAGGAACAAACUGAACCUCAGCCAGUGCCACCACCUCGUGCAGCCAUUGAGUCCCAAGUCAAUGCCCAACCAGUAUCACAAUCUCGAGAAACACGGGCUGCCUCUGUGCCACCAUCACCAUCUCGUGAAACUCCACAAUCAAGAGCUGCAUCUGUGCCCCCAUCACCCUCUCGUGCGAAAAUUCAAUCCCAAGCCGCCCCUCAAACCCAGUCACCAUCUCGAGCAACUCCACAAUCAAGAGCUGCAUCUGUGGCUCCUUCUCCUUCUCGCACCACUUCCCAGCCCCAAUCAGCAGCAGCAGUGACGGUCCCCCAAACUCAAUCCCCGUCUCGUUUGGCCACUCAAGUUCCAGGUAGAAAAUCUCCACAGCUCUCUUCUCCAUCUAAGACAGCUACCCAAGUGCAGCCAACAGUUUCUCAGUCCCCAUCAAAGAAAUUACAACUAGCAACACAAGAGAUCUCUCAGCCUCCUCCCAAGUCUACCCAAUCCGACACUCAACAGGAAGAAACAAAACCAACACCUGCAGCAGAGCCUGUACAAGCAUCAGAUGCUGUGACAGCACCAACACCAACUCCUGAGCCAGCACUUGAGACGCCUGCAUCAUUACAAAAAUCAGAUUCCAGGACCAUAGGUGCUGAUCAUCCUAUGCAUCUUUCACAACCAGUGAAAAAGGAAGAUAUUUUUGAAAGAAAGAAGACAACGACCAUUAGCCCUAAUGGGGAAACUAUCAAAACAGCAAGAACCCGGUCUGCCUUUGGCGAAUCUCAUCAAAAAACAUCCAUGUCCAACGGAGAAAAAGUUCCCCUGCAAAAAGAAAUCAGGGAAGAUAUUUCCAAGUUUGUUCAUAACCUGGGAAUGGAGCACAUGGAGCAUCCCAUAGGAGAAAAGCCUGUCAGCGUUGUUACUCUAGCAGGUGAAAACAGAGGAGCUACCAUGUAUGGGGGCUCUGAAUCAUCAAGAAAGGAUGGGUCAGUCCACAUUCAUCGUGGUUAUAAGAUCAAUCCAGAUGAGAGCAGCGAAGCUACUACUGAUGGAGAAGGAAGCUCGAGGGGUAGAAGCUCCAAAGAUCUGCUGACAAAAGAAGAUCCGGCAAGGAAGGCAUAUAUUAACAGUAACACACAAAGUGUCAACAACUCGAUAUUGUUUGAAACUUCAGUAAGCGAAAGAAGCCCUGGUGUACAGCUGAGUCUCUCUUAUAACGAUGAAGAACCCAGCAAGAACAGCAGUAAACCAGUGCGUCUGGAGACUCGCAAGGCUGAAUUCCAAGUCACCCCUGCUGAGAAGCUUAGUUAUGAGCCGAAGGUAAGAAGACGAUGCCUAAGAGGGCUUUUCUUGGAAUCAAGCGACUCCGACCCUGAUAAUCCAGAAAAGCCUCGAAGACAUGGCUGUCGCUAUAGUUGUGGGCAGAAGAGAGAAGACAAGGACAUAGGGGUUCUCUGACCUGGUAAACGAUGACUUCGAUACGAUUAUCUGCCAACAAAAGCAUGCAAUAUGUACAUGACAAUAACGAUAUUUUACAAAUGUGAUAAUAAGGAUGCAAGAUCAUCCAGAAAGUAAUGUUUGUGUAUAAUACUUUUGCAUCAUAUGUUAAUGAAAUGUUUCGUUCACUGUAA